AUGGGCUUGCUGCACGGGGUCGACAUCGACAACUCCCCAUACAGCAGGACCACCAUGGUGAGCAUUGGAGCGACCACUCCGAUGAUGCUCGAAACUACUACGAGCCUCGACCACGACGUGUUCAUCAUGAUCAUCGCGGAGAAGGCCAAGAAGGCUUUGCCAUGGGAGGAAGAGGUCAUGGGCGUGCUCAUCGUGACCAUGAAGAUGAUGGGAUUGAUUUUUGACAGCCACUUCUAUACGGAGGAGAAGAAGGUACGAUAUGCAUCCAUUGAGUUUACUGGAUAUGCUUUGAUUUGGUGGAACCAAUUGUGUCGUGCGGGAGGUCGUCCGGAGACAUGGGUGCAAAUGAAAAAUCUGUUGCGGAGACGGUUUGUUCCUGAACAUUUCACAAGAACCUUGUACAAUCGACUCCAAUGGUUGUGCCAAGGUAAUUCUAGUGUUGAUGAGUACUAUAAAGAGAUGGAGAUUUUGAUGAUUAGGACAGCAGUGAAUGAGCCAGAGGAGGCCACAAUGUCAAGAUUCUUCCAUGGACUGAAUGAAGAUGUGCAAGAAAGGAUAGAGAUGGUUACAUAUCAAGAUUUGCAAGAACUUGUGCAUCAAGCUAUUCGUGUAGAGCAGCAGCUGAAGCAUCGCCAAAAUCGCAGCCAAACCUAUACAUCAAGCACUUGGAGAGGUUCAGUUCAGCGAGAAGUAGACGGAAGUGUUGCUGCAGAUUUUCGCUCACACAACAAGAUGACUACAAAAGAAGCUAAUGCAUCAAAGGUUGAAUCUUCCAAUACUCCUGCCACUCGCAUUAGUAAUAUUCAGUGCCAUACAUGCAAGGGUAGAGGUCACUUCAAGAAGGAUUGUCCUAAUCUGAAGAAGUUUUUACUCACAAAUGAUGGAUAUGUCACCGAUGACUCAAGUGACAAAUCUGAAUCUGAGAAGAAAGAUGCAAAUUAUUGUACUUUUGAGACCGGAGCACCUCUGAGUUCAGAUGGAGGAGAUGGUGUUAAUCUCAUGGUUCGCAAAGUGGCUCAUGAUGAUGCUCCUAUUGUUAAGAAGGGCCAGCAACAAAAUGUGUUCCAAUCCAUUUGCAAGAUCAAGGAGAAAAACUGCAAGGUGGUCAUCGAUGGAGGCAGCUACAACAACAUCAUUAGUAGUGAUCUUGUGCAUGCUCUUGGGGUAUCAACAUGGAGGCAGCCCCAGCCAUAUUAUGUGAAGUGGCUGAAUGGUGUUGGUAAGCUGAAGAUUACGCAUCGUGCUAGGGUGCAAUUUUCAGUGGGAAGUUAUGUGGACAAAGUGGUAUGUGAUGUGGUGCCAAUGCAAGCUUGUCAUCUUCUUUUGGGAAGACCGUGGCAGUUUGAUCAUGAUGCUACUCACAAUGGGAGGUCUAACAAGUAUUAUUUCAUGCAUCAAGGAGUGAACCAUGUCUUGGAACCUAUGGUGGAUCAGGUACUCAAGGUUGAGCAAUUCCCACAAGUGAAGAAGCCCAAAAAGAAUACCUCAAAAUCGAGGACGGUUUUGUUUGAAGGAAGGGAGGAUGAUGUGGAACAGAUCAUGACCAAGGCAUCCAAGAGUGAGGUUAAUGCUAGCACAAAUGCUGAACCAUUAGAGCAUCCAAAGGAAGACAAGGGCAAAACCAUUAUCUUAGUUGGGAAGCUUCCGGUGCCUAUUUUGAGAGAAAUGACACAUCAGAUUUCCAGCUGCAACUUCCCACCUAAACCUAAUUAA